AAUGCAAGCAAGCGUUGUGGCUCUUAGAACACACUCGCUACAAACAUCAUGUCCUACAAGCUCACUUCGGCUGCCCCUUUGUCCAUCUCUUCCUCUUCCUCUGUCUCCUCGGACGACAGCGACGAAAGAUGCUCAGACUGGGCUUCUUCGUUUGGCGACGCUCGUCAGACAAAGUCUCUCUUUGAUGACACUGUCCUCUCCACCCAAGAGCUUGCUUUGCAGUACGAUCGAGAUAAUUGGGAUUUUGACUUGAAGGAGGUCUGUGAGAAGCUUGGAUUGGACAUGUUUGGCAGAAUCAGGUUGAUCAACUUGAUCAGAAAUGCUGGUUUGGACAAGGAUCAGAUCUCGGCGCUCAAGGCCGAUGAUCCUCUCUUGAAGGAUGACAAUCUUCUUAUCCCUGUGAUCCCCGAUGACCCUCUUUUGCAAUAUGACUUUGACGACUUUUGGUCCGACGAUGACGAGCCGCCCCAAGCUUCCUCUGCUGGCCCUUCAAACGACGCCCAAUCUCCCGAAUCUCAAAAAGUGACACUUCUCGAAGCCGAGUUGGAAAAGGCGAGAAAAGACCUUGCAGCGAUGCAGUUGUUGGUCACCAAGACUAUUGGAUCGGAGGACGACGAGUCCAUGGGGAGACAAGUCAAGGUGGAUGGGAAAGGAAAGGGCAAGGCGGUUGCAAGGGAUGAUGACACGCAUUAUUUUCAUUCUUACGAGGAGAAUGACAUUCACGAGAUCAUGCUCAAGGAUACUGUCCGAACAGUUUCUUAUGCCCGCUUCCUUUUAUCGAACCCUCAAGUUUUCAAGGGUGCUGUUGUGAUGGAUGUUGGAUGUGGUACCGGUAUCUUGUCCAUGCUCGCUGCCAAAGCUGGAGCCAAGCAUGUGUAUGCGAUAGAAGCCUCCGGACUGGCCGUCAAGGCUCGGGAAAACAUUGAAAAGAAUGGGUUUGCCGAUGUGAUCACCGUCAUCCAAGGCAAGGUGGAGGAUGUCCAGCUACCUGUCAAGGAAGUGGACGUUAUCGUUAGCGAGUGGAUGGGUUACAUGUUGCUCUACGAAUCCAUGCUUGACUCCGUCUUGGUCGCUCGCGACCGAUUCCUUGCGCCCAACGGUCUCAUGGCUCCUUCUCAAACACGCCUUGUUCUCAGUGCCAUCACCGGAGACCGCGUUUGCCGCGAAAGAGUCAACUUUUGGAACUCUGUGUACGGUUUCGACCUUUCCACGAUGAACGCGGUCGGUUUCGACGAGGGUCUCACUGAAGUUGUCGAUAAGGAGGAGGUUGUGACUACCGAGUCGAUCGUCCGCGACAUCAACUCUCACAAUGCUACCGUCAAGUCCCUCGAUUUCCACUCUUCCUUCACUCUCUCCGCAACAUCAGCGACGCCGACCACCGUCCGCGCUUUUCUCACUCACUUUGACACCUUCUUCUCCCCUCUCGGUGGCGAUGCUUCUCACUUCCCCCCUAGCUACCCUGUCGACAUUCGACAGUUUGGUGAUGACGAGUACACAUGUCCUGUAGAGCCGCUCACCCCUUCUUCUGGAAAGACGGGAGUCGAAGUGAGUUUUACCACCGGUCCUGGAGGCAAAUACACCCACUGGAAACAGGUCGUCUUUCUUCUUCGCAAGCCUAUCGAGCUUGCCCCUGGAGAGGAGAUUGUGGGUCAGUUCAGGUGCAAAAAGUCAGACACCAACUCGCGGGAACUGGAUGUGGAGAUUCAUUGGGCCAAGGGGAAGAAGGGGGAGGCAGGGGAGAGAACAUAUACUGUGCAGGCCUACAAGGUCCGUUAGAUGCAUAGAUUUCAUGUGUAGUUGCAAGUCCCCCAGUGCUGGUGUGUGGUGUCGGGGCAUGCCGCAGAUGUGAUACCGCGCCUCAUUACAUAACGC